AUGGACAAUAGUGUUGUGGUCGAAGAGAACGAAGUUGAAUGGAGCUUUGCAACCGCUCCAUUCAACUAUGAGAGUAGCGAAGAAGAGCAAGUGCACAGUCCAAACAUGCCGACUACGCGCGCACAGUGGAAGGUACGGGGCCCGUCCCCAGUACCGAAACCGAGGAAGGAUCGUUCUCGGAAAGAACGGGACCCGUCCCCGGCUCCGAAACGCGUGAGGACCAGUACCCCGACAUCACAGCAAAGUUUAAACAUGCCGACGACAAGAGCGAAGUGGAAGAAACGGGGCCCGUCGCCAGUGCCGAAACGUAAGAAGGCACGUUCUCCGAAGGAACGGGAACCGUCCCCAGCUCCGAAACGUAAGAAGAACAGUUACCCGUCACCACAGCCAGGUCCGUCGCGUCGCGAACCCCAACGAGAACCGUCCUUCCAGCCAGGUCCGUCGCGUGCUCGCCCGGGACAGCAAGACAUGGGUGCGCUGACGGCGCAAGUGGAAGCGCUCAACAAUCAGUUGAACGCUGUUGUUGUAGAGGUAAACAGGCUGACGGAGCUGCUGGACGCGCGCCCGCCACCGCAACAGUCAGCUGAACCUGAAAAUACUAAAUCAAAGACGUAG